AAAUACAGAAAAUAAUCAACCUUCUGGAUUGGUGUUAUUUUUUUACGCCCUUGAUCGAACACCCUAAUUAAACAAAUGACGCCUCAUGAUGUUCCGAAAGAUGAUUAAUACCGUCAAAAAUCGUGGCCGACAACUGCCACGUGUUUUUGACUUUUAUCAACGUGUGCAGCUCAUCAAGGUCUCCGUCAUGUUUGAAAGCGCAUCGUUCAUUUCAUUAGCAACUACCGCAACUACGCACACAUCCACGUAUCCUGCGUAUCAUCUCGUGAAUGCGUAGCUUCGUAUUAUGAUCCACAAACCAUAGAGCCACAGAUAAUGCGGGGAAACCGUUGAACCCCAAUCUAUCUUAGAUAUUUGUUUAUCGCCCACGAAACAUAUUUGUGGGUUAUGAAAUCACUCAUCUCGUAGCCUCUGUUUUAUUAUCCUAAUUACAUAACUGCUACUAUAGAACGAAGGGCGAUCGUAGGACGAUUGGCACUCACUGAUGCGCACAUUAUAAUUUAUCUAAACAUGCCAGAGAGCACUGGACGAUUUGGUCCUCUUGUUGGGGCGAUUGAUGAAGGAACGAGCAGUGCCAGGUUUUUAGUGUUCAGUGUUCGGCGGAGAGAAGUUGUCGCCUCGCAUCAGAUCGAGAUAAAGAAUAUAUACCCACAAGAAGGAUGGGUCGAACAGGAUGCCAAGGAGAUACUUAAAGCGGUGCAUGAGUGCAUCAUUAAGACAAUAGAGAAGUUGAAAGCGAUCGACAUAGACAAGGCGGAUAUCAAAGCUAUCGGCAUUACUAACCAGCGUGAAACCACUUUAGUAUGGGACAAGGAAACCGGAGAGCCCUUGCACAAUGCCAUCGUUUGGCUGGACAUGCGGACCACGACCACGAUUGAGAAUAUCUUGGAUAAUGUACCGAAUAAUACAAGGAACAAGAAUUACCUCAAACCUCUUUGCGGGCUGCCCAUAUCUCCUUAUUUCAGUGCUCUCAAAAUCCGAUGGCUUAUUGACAAUGUUCCAAGAGUUAAGCAAGCUGUUGAGGCAGGGAGAUGUGCUUUCGGAACUGUCGACACUUGGCUGAUUUGGAACCUUACACAAGGAAAACUCCAUAUGACGGAUGUUUCCAAUGCAUCUCGGACAAUGUUGAUGAACAUUGAGACCCUGAAGUGGGAUCCAUUGCUCUGUCGCUUUUUUGGCAUCCCGCUGGAUAUCCUUCCGGAAAUUCGAUCCUGCUCCGAAAUAUAUGGGCAUAUCUCUUACCCAGAAGUCUUGAGCGGAAUACCCAUUUCAGGGUGUGUAGGUGAUCAGCAGGGAGCUCUGAUAGGUCAGUUGUGUCUGAAACGAGGGCAGGCAAAAGCAACCUACGGCACAGGUUGUUUCUUACUCUAUAAUACCGGGAAUGUGAAAGUUGACUCGAGUCAAGGUCUAAUCACAACUGUUGCUUAUAAAUUGGGGCGCUCACCUGCCGUCUAUGCCUUGGAAGGAUCAGUCGCGGUAGCUGGUGCUGCACUCUCCUGGUUGCGAGAUAACAUACAGCUUAUGGCCAACGUCACAGAGAGUCAGGAUUUGGCGGAAAGAGUACGUUGCUCUGGUGACGUCUACUUUGUACCAGCUUUCUCCGGGUUAUAUGCACCUUAUUGGCAGCAGGAUGCCAGAGGAGUUAUAUGUGGAAUUACUGAAGAUACUCAGCAGUAUCACAUAAUCAGAGCUGCACUCGAAGCGGUGUGCUUUCAAACCAGAGAUAUAUUGGAGGCAAUGUUGGAAGACGCCGGGACCAGUUUGACUGAAUUGCAAGUAGAUGGUGGAAUGACAGCUAAUAAUUUGCUAAUGCAAUUACAAGCAGAUUUGACCGGAGUUAGCGUGGUGAGGCCAAACAUGGUUGAAACUACCGCGUUAGGCGCAGCCAUACUAGCUGGUGUUGGUAUAGGACUAUUGGAUAUCAAUGACGUUGUUGCUGAUCAAAUUACGAAGUUUUCACCACAAAUUAGCGAUGAUGAAAGGGAUCUUCGAUAUUCUAAAUGGAAAAUGGCCAUUGAUCGGUCUAUGAAAUGGGAUUCUUCCUCAGCACCAAUCGACGGACGAUAAUAAUGUGCAAGUGUGAAUACAUAGUUUUUAUAAUACAGUGAUAUAUUAUAUAUAGUAUAUACCUAAAUUCGAUAGGUUCUAUGAAAACAGAUAUAUUUUGACAAAAAACGCUACAUCUAGUGUAUACAGAGCGCUAUACACAACUUGUAGCAUUUUUUGAAAUACGUCGAUUCUAUCCGGCCCGCCGAAAUACGUCUGUUUCUAUAAGACCCGUCAAAUAGAACAAAGAUCUAUAUUUAUCUACAUUUACACUAUUGUUGUAGACUGUUUAAUAUGUUAAUAUGUACGUAAAUUGGUGAUGGAUAAGAAUAUUUAUACACCAAACCCAUAUGAAGAUAUACUUAUAGAGUGGUUUCUAUUGAAAGAAUGUGAAAAAUUGUGUACGUAGCAUUCUGCUUCGGAAUCAGAGACCAACUACGCUCAAUAUUUUGAUCAUAUUAUUAUAUAUUAUUUGUUGGUAAUUAAAAUAAAGGUGAAAAUUUUUUUAAA